AAUAAUUAGGAACUGGACCAGCGUGCAGGGUGUGUGAGAGAUAGAGAACCAACAUGACCUCUUGUCGGUUGUUCUGCAAGACAAAACUUGCAGUGUAGUCAUCACUCUCUGUGAGUGCAAAACAACCCCACUGUUCCUUUUGGAGGUGAUUUUUAUGCUUCUUGAUGGAUGCUAGGAAACAACACCCUCUUAUUCCCCUCUCAUAAAUUAACACAACAUUCAGUUCCCACUUGUCUCUCUUAUUCUAUGUCACAAUAACUUGUUACUACUCUUUAAUUUCCAGGUUUAGCACCCAGAACGUCAGUGUCAGGAUAAGCACAGGAAAGAACAGUUGUAGGUGUGCAAGUAACCUUUGAUUAAGCCUGUUCUUCAAUUAGAGGGGAUGAAUUAGGGUUGAACACGUUACAGGAUCAUCCACAAUCACAAUUAAAGAAAAUUCACGAGCGAGAUGAUGAUUAUUCAAGGAAAAAACUAGAUUAAAACAAAAAAGGGAGGGGAAUGAGAUUAAGUUUAGAUCUUGUUCAGAUUUGAUGGAUAUGAGAGAGCAAGAUAAGGAACUAGAGAUGCCUAGUACAUUAGGUUAUAACCUCCCCAAUAAAAAUUCCUCUUCUUCCAAACUAUCAUCACCAAUAGGGGAAAAAAGUGACCAACAACCUCCUCAAUCUAACACAUUAAUUUUCAGUGAUCCACCCCAAACUUCACAUCUUCACCAUAAUCUCUAUACCCCUUCUCUUCCACCAAACCCACUUCAACUUCCACAAUCUCAGCGACCCAGAAGAGAUCCAGAUCCAAAUCCUAUUUCUCCCCCUAUCAUCAUAACCACUCCAAGAACAUCACUACCACAACCUCACACAACAACAACAGCAUUCAGAUACCGAGAAUGUCUGAAGAAUCAUGCAGCAAGCAUGGGAGGCCACGUCACAGAUGGGUGUGGAGAGUUCAUGCCAAAUGGAGAAGAUGGCACCCCAGAAUCUUUCAAGUGUGCAGCUUGUGAUUGCCACCGCAAUUUUCACAGAAAAGAAGCUGAAGGAGAGCCACAAUAUGUUCUCAACUACCACCACACUUACUCCUACAAAAACAAUAGGAACAUUAUUCAUUCUCCACAAUCUCACCUUCAGUUUCCCAUACCCCACCACCACCUUCAUGGGGUGGUGGCUGCCACCCCUUCUAGUGGGCCGAUCCAGCCCGUGAUGUUGGGCUUAGGGGGAGGCCCAGCUGAGUCCUCCAGCGAAGAUCUCAACAUGUUUCAGACCAGUGAUGGAGGGCAAUUGUUAUCGGUGCAGCCACCACUUUCAUCUUCCAAUAAGAAGAGGUUCAGGACCAAGUUCACACAGCAGCAAAAGGAUAGAAUGAUCGAGUUUGCUGAGAAACUUGGGUGGAAGAUCCAGAAACAAGAUGAACAAGAGUUGCAUCAAUUUUGCUCUCAGGUUGGUGUAAAAAGACAGGCUUUCAAGGUUUGGAUGCACAACAGCAAGCAAGCCAUGAAGAAGAAGCAAAUUGAAGGUGGUGCUUUAGAUGAUUUUUGUGAUGGCUUUUAUGGUGGCAAUCAAGAAUUUUUGGGAGAAUUCAAUGGAGGUACUUGCAAAGAUUUCGAAGGUUCACAAUUUACUGAAGAGGGGAUAAUACAUGCUUCUUCCAAGAGGAGAUGCUUCAAAUUAUAAUAAUAUAAUCUAUGCCCAUUAUAUGGAGAACGAUUAUCCAUAGGUGUGCCUCAAGAUAUUCUUACUUUUCUAUUUAAAAAAUAAUAAUUAUAUAUGGCUUCUCUCAACGAGUUUUGAUUCUUGGUCGUACUUUAGACAGGUCUUUUUAGGGAGAUUUUUGUUACUAUGACUAGGAGAUGUUAUUUCUAUGACUCACAUUGCUAUGAAAUUUCUAAGUGGCGACAAUGACAUUACAAGGAGAUAAUGAAAGAUAGAUAAUGCCAUCAAAGGUAUGUAGCGUACACACAAUGAGUGGUUGAAAAUCUUCAGAGGAUGAUGGAUCAUUAUGUGUGAAAAUUUGGUCAUAACAAAAUAAAAUGUUCGGCCAAUUGCAUUAUAUAUG